AUGCUCGAGCAUGAAUUUAUAGACGAAAAGCUUAAAAGAGCAAUAGAACAUUUCAAGUCCAAAAAAUAUGAACAAGCUCUUGAUAUUUAUAAUCAAUUGAUACAGGAGAUUAAGAAGAUAUCGAUUAAAGAUGUCAAGCAAAUUAGAACUAAAUUGUAUAAGUUAAGCGAAAGUCCUAUUGUAGGACCUUGCGUGCACCCUAGAUUAGGAUCCGUACUAGAUCAAAGAGCGGCUACUUUGGAGAAGAUAGGUAAAUUAGAUGAAGCGCUUCGUGAUGGCAAGGAAUUAGUCAAAAUGGAACCGAUAGGAUGUAAGGGAUAUCUCAGGGUUGGUAAAAUCCUCACACAAUUGAAUAGAGACGUUGAGGCGUAUAAGAAUUAUCAAACUGGUCUAUACAUUAUUGACAAGAUUGUAAGAAAGCAUCAAGUUUCAAUACCAGAAAAGCUUUACGAUAGCUUGAAGAGUCGAUAUACUGAAUUAAAUAGUUUGUUGAAAUCAAGAAGAAACAAAAGCAAAACUGAAAUUCAAAAUUAUCCUGAUAAGAAGCUUUCCGGUGGCCUUCAGUUUGCUCUAAAUGAGAUGCUACCAUUGAAGAGAUUGCUGCACACUGAUAGAGAGGGAAAAAUAAAGAAACCAAAGAAAUCUAUAGACCCUAUGAUGCAGCUUCCCUUAGAGUUGAUUGAAACUAUUUUUAAACAUCUUCCUUUGGCAAAUAUUUUGAUCUGCCAAAUUGUGAGCAGGUCCUGGUAUUUCGCAUUGCUCAGCAUACCCUCUUUGUAUGAUAAUGUCAAUAUCAAGCAAAAGGUUACUUCUCAAGAAUUCAGCAACGGUAUACAAUUCAUCAAAAAAAUUACCACUUGGAAUAGUUCAAAGACACCGAAGUCGCUAAAAAUAAGAACAGCAUCUAAUAGAAUCCAGCUAGAGCGAAUCAUAGAAUUGCUUCUAAGGGAGAAAAAAUUGAAGUUUAGAUCAUUAGAUGUGAUAAAUAUCGAUUUCAGCAUUGAAUUGCUCUUGAAUAAGCUUAAUAAAUGCGGCUGGAGCUUUUCCGGCUUGUCGAAGAUAAAGAACUUGAGGCUUAGUGUCAACAGUUCGGUUCGAUAUGAUAACUUAUUUUUUAAUAUUAUGCCUGAAUUACAAGCUUUAGAGAUCAUUAUCAUUGACAAAAGAAUGUCAUCUUCGAACAAGGACCUAGUUCCAAAGACAGAUAAAGUAGCCUCUGUCAAUAGAGAUGUAUUUGUGCCUAACAAAUCCUUGGAGACUUUAUCAAUAAUAAAUCAUCCACAUUUAGUGAGAGAGAAAAUUGCCAGCGGUAUAAACGAGAACACAUAUAAUCCGUAUCCACCCUUUUUGAAUAAAAACUUUCCAAACUUGGUUAGUUUGACUGUUGUAUCGUUUGAUUUUCUUGACAUUGAACAAACAUUUGGGCAUUUCUUGGAGAAUUCAAGUCAUCUAAAAAGUGUUUAUAUCGAAAAUUGUGAUGGCAUGUCAGUUGCAAAAUUUUGCAAUUUGAUUAGAAGUUUUGAGCCUAACUUUAAAUUGAAAAAGCUCACAUUGCGAGAGGUGUCGGGCAAUAGAGCUACUAGUUUAACACAAUUCGAUUUAAAUGAUCUAGCUCAAUUCAAUGAUCUACAGUACCUUGAUUUGUAUUCUUCUUCCUUGUCCAUAUUGGCAUUAACAAAGCUACUUAAAAUAUGCAGCAAGAAUCACCAUCUCAAAACUUUGCUUAUCGGUAAGUCGAAUUAUGUCUUUUUCAAGAAUGACAAGUUUUCCAAUAGGAUGGCGAAGAUAAGUUUAUGCGACAUCUUGUCUAUUAUACCUGAGCUAUCACACUUAUACUUAAAUGAGCUUGAUUUGGAUAAUUCCACGAUGAAAAUAUUUUACAGCGAUAUAAUGAAUAAUAUCGGACUAGAUAAUUGCAGGCUUAAGGUUUUAGACUUGAGCUUUUGCGGCCUGAUAGAUGGUAUUGGACUAAUGAAUCUCUUCAAUUCAUACGCUUCGCAAUCCAAAAACUUAAACUACCAUUCCUUUUUUAAACUCGACACGUUAAUCCUUGAUGGCGUGGAUAUCAACAAGGAUACUCUUAAAACGCUUUCCAAACGAGGCUACGUAAAGCAAGUCAAAAACGACCCGCUAAUGACAAAAUGGAAACGUUAUGGUAUCAAUACUUUAGUGCCAGAUUUUUAA